AUGAACAAUAUAUUUGCAAUCAACCAGAGAAGCCUUAGGCUAACCUCUUGAAGUGAUGACUCCCUCCCUAGCUUUUGAUGCUGUCUGAAUGGGAAGUCAAACCAUCUGGCUGGUCAAGAUGUAGAUUGUUGGAGAACUCAACAAUGGAUUUAUGGAGUUCCAAAUCUUUCAGAGAUCAACUCAUUUGUUCAAUACUUGCUCAGAAAUUAUUGUGCCUGAGUUAGAGACUAUGAGAACUCAAGUAUGCAUGAGCAAGCUUCAGACUCUAUAAGUAAAGAUCCUCAGCAAUUGGUUGAUCAAAUGCCUAAAAGACACGAAGAAUCAAAGGCAGAACCCAGUUCUGAGCAUGGUCAUUCCUCUCGAAUGGAGGCUUCACCAAGACAUCUACCAGCUAAUAAUGAGCCAGAGGCUACCGAAGAGUUCACUCUUGGAAGAGUGGUUGAGAGCUACAAAACCAGGAAAGACCUUGUCUACAAGGCUACAUUCAGAAGGAUGAGAAAGCAUUUCAUCAAAGACUUCAGAGAGGCCACCAAGCAUUCUCUUUCAGAGACUAAUUACCCAUCAAAACUCAGAGAGUACUGUGCUGCAAAGUUCCCAGCAAGCAACAUUGACAGAGUCUUGACAGCCUUCGACUGUGUGAUCAACUCCAGAGGAAGAUUCGGAUCCAUUUCACACCAAGACUCUGAGCUCAAGAGCCUCAUUGAGAAGCUUAUGUGUUUUUACAGUGAAAAACUGUUCAAAAUUAUCAGCUCUCAACCAGGAUUCCUGGAAAUCCUGCUGCAUUUUCUGAGCAUCGAAGGAGUGAGUAGUCUUAUCUACUCGGACCAGAGAGUGUCCUUUCAUAGGAAAGUGCAGACUCACCUUCUCCAACUCAAAGAGAGGGCUUUUCAGAUGCUUACUUUUCCCUGUCCAUAA